GGGACUACAGGAUCCAAGUUACUUCCUGAGAGGAAGUGAAAUACGCCGUUAACAGGGAAGGAAUCGACUCGCGUUGCCUGGGGUCUGUGCAUCCGCAUUGCAAACUCUGCAUUGAAUGCAAUUGUGUCAGUUUGCUUCCCCCUUCUCGAUCGUCUUCUAAAAUGCCUGAAGGACCCGAACUCCACCUGGCUGCCAGGUUUGUUAACCAGGUCUGCUGCAGCACUGUGUUCUCAGGGCAAGUAGAAAAGUCUACGGUGAGCAAAAACUGUGACGUGCCUUUCAGCUGUGACGCCUACCUGAUCUCCGCCGUGUCGAGAGGGAAGGAGGUCAAGCUGACCCUUACCCCCAUCAAAGAGGAGGAUGGGAAAGAGGGUAUCACAUCAGAUGGGGUGGAAGGCGAUGACAGGCUGUUGGCGCCGAUGGACAUUGUCUUCCGCUUUGGCAUGUCUGGGUCCUUCAAGCUGACGACUGAGGAGGACAUCCCCAAACACGCCCACCUCAAGUUCUUCACCAAACGGAAGCCUAGGCAGGUUCUGUGCUUUGUUGACCCCAGAAGGUUCGGCAGUUGGGAAGUCAACGGGACCUGGCAGCCGGACAGGGGACCGUGCGUGAUGCUUGAAUACGAGAGGUUCAGAUCAAAUGUGCUGACAAACCUAUCAGAAAGAGCCUUUGACAAGCCGAUCUGUGAGAUGCUGUUGAAUCAGAAAUACUUCAGCGGUAUUGGCAAUUACCUGCGAGCAGAGAUUCUCUUCAGGUCAAAAGUCCCCCCUUUUGAAAAAGCCAGGACCGUGCUGGAACCUUUGCUACACAAAGAAACGUCUCAGGCGAAUGAGGUGUCUUUGAGUAAGAAGAUAAAGAUAAAGAUGGAGAAUCCUGAUCUUCUGGAACUUUGUCACAUGCUUCCGACAGAGGUUGUUAAUUUGGAUGGCAAGGGCUAUGAUCCCGAGCAUGUGGGUGAAUCCUCUGCCUUUGAAGACUGGCUCCGUUGCUACAAUGUCGAUGGAAUGCAGUCGCUACGUGACAGUAAUGGAAGAACCAUUUGGUUCCAGGGAAACCCAGGACCUAUGGCACCGAAAGGAUCCAAGACUCCCAAGCCCAAAUCCCGGGGCAGAAAGACAACGGAUGGAGAUGGGAAGAAGACAUCCACAUCUGAGGACUCCGAAUCGAGCAAAGGGAGGGUGAAAUCGGAGCAGCGGAGAACCUGCAGAGUCCCCGCGGAUCCUUCCCGGAAGAGGGGCCGGAGUCGCAAGGCGGAUAGAGGGCAGACUGCCGAGACAGUACAGGCUAGGGAGGGAACCAGGAAAAAGGCCGCUCGGCGUGGGAAGAGUUCGGAAGCCAAAUCCCCGGAGGCUCCGGCAGCAGAAUCUGAAAACCUAAACAAACGACCAAGGAAAACUAGGACCAAAUCGAGGAAGCAGGCCUCAGGCUCUCUUGUAAAAUCGGAAUCUUUGGAUUAGAGUGGUUUUAUUAAGCAACAGAUAUAUAUAAGAUUGAAUAAGGAUGUGCAGAGAAAGCAGAUCGUAUCAGCAAGCAGUGCAGAAGUUAAUUUGCACCGUUGUCUGUAGGGAUAUGUUCCCCAGGAGAUGACAAUUCCUGAUAUUUCUGGUUUCCAGGCAACCUGUCCUACCCAUUCACUGCUCCCUGUACCCACUUUGGAAUACAUCGAGUGAACCUUGUUAAACAAUGUGAUUUUUAAAAAAAAUUCAUUCUAUUUUUUAAAUGAAGGUCUAGUUUUAUUUUUAACUGGAAUAAAUUCUCAUCCGUGU